AUGAUGUCGCGAAAGUCCCUGUCCAAGUUGCCCCGGCUCACCCGCAAUAUCUCCAGCCGCGCGUCGACCAUUCUUUCCGCACUCGACAUUUCGCCCGAGAAGGAGCUGCCGGGUGUGUACGACGGGAAGUGGAGGGGAACAGGUGAUGUGUUGGAGAGCGUCUGUCCGACAACGGGCGAGGUUCUAGCGCGAGUGCAUUCAGCAACGCCAGAGGAGUUGCAGACAGCCCUUCAGAAGACACGGGAGGCCUACACGUUCUUCAGAAGCGUGCCGGCGCCGAGGAGGGGCGAGAUACUCAGACAGAUCAGGGAGGCGUUGGCGGCCAAGCGGGAGGAACUGGGCGCGUUGGUCUCUCUCGAGAUGGGGAAGAUCAGGACGGAAGGUGUCGGUGAGGUACAGGAAUUCGUGGACAUUGCCGACUACGCGGUCGGUCUGUCACGGAUGAUGAACGGACGAGUGGUCGCCUCUGAACGCCCCGGACAUAGUAUCUUAGAAGUUCCGAACCCUUUGGGUGUCAUCGCGGUGCUCUCUGCGUUCAACUUCCCGGUGGCGGUCUAUGGAUGGAACCUGUCGCUCUCGCUCGCGGCCGGGAACGCGACCCUCUGGAAGCCCUCGCCGAGUACCCCGCUAUGCUCGAUUGCGGUGACGAAGAUCGUGUCUGGGGUGCUAGAGAAGAAUGGAAUCCCCGGAGCCGUCGCGGGGCUUGUGAUCGGUGGCAAGGACGUCGGCGAGAGCAUUGUGGAAAGCCAGGACGUCGACAUGGUAUCGUUCACGGGCAGCGAGGCAGUGGGGCGGCAGGUCGGAAAGGUGGUGCAGUCGCGUUUCGGGAAGGUGCUGCUUGAGCUCGGGGGGAACAACGCCUCGAUCGUCAUGCCCGACGCGGACCUUUCGAUGGCCGUACCAGCGGUGUUCUUCGGUGCGGUAGGCACGGCGGGUCAACGCUGCACGUCGACGCGGCGCCUAUACCUGCAUCGGAGCAUCGCCUCCGAGUUCCUCGAGCGACUGCAGGCGCUGUACGCGUCUGUCACACCCGGAGACCCGCUGCACGCGUCCACCCUUCUUGGCCCGCUGCACACGCGCAGCGCAAUGGACAUCUACACCGGUGCGAUUGACCGUCUGCGCGCUGCUGACGCAGAGAUCCUCGUGGGUGGUGGGCAGUAUACAGACCUCUCGUCCCCUUUGGACCGCGGUAAUUUUGUUAUGCCGACUAUCACCGUGCCAAAGAGCACCGACGUCGGGCUGGCGCUGUGGAAAACCGAGACUUUCGCACCAAUUCUGUCUGUCGCUGUCUUCGACGAGCUCGAGGAAGCGGUUCAAUGGAAUAACGGUGUGCCGCAGGGCCUGAGCAGCAGUUUGUGGACGAAAGACCUUCGCAAUGUCGGUAAAUGGAUUGGGCCCGCUGGGUCUGACGCUGGGAUCGUCAACGUCAAUGUUGGUACCAGCGGCGCCGAAAUUGGCGCUGCGUUCGGUGGGAACAAGAGCACUGGAUGGGGCCGUGAGUCGGGUGGCGACGCUUGGAAACAGUACGUCCGCUGGAGCGCCUGCACAAUCAAUUUCUCGGACGAUGCCCCGCUGGCGCAGGGCGUCCAGUUCCCAGCCGCUAGUUGA